AACGCGCGCGCAUGCGCAGUAGCUGUCGAGAUCGCAACAAUCGAUCAAAUAUAUAUUUAUAUACAUAUAUACAUAUAAAUCUGGUGUAUCAGCUAAGGAGAGCAACACGCCCAUUGCAUAGAUAUUUGUAGCUGUUGAAGAUGCGACUGGCCUACUUGCUGAUACUCUGCGUGUGCUUGGACUGCAGCCGCUGCCAGCUGCUGGUCGAUCUGGUUCGUGACUUCGAGACGUCGCUGCUGAACACACGCAUACCGGACACCACGGCAUUUCUGCCGGAAUAUGAUUUCAUCAUAGUAGGCGCGGGCUCGGCGGGCUGUGUGCUGGCCAAUCGGCUGAGCGAGAUUAGCACGGCGCGUGUGCUGCUGCUGGAGGCAGGUGAUCAGGAGACCUUCAUCAGCGAUGUGCCUUUGACGGCGGCACUUACCCAAACCACGCGAUACAACUGGGGCUACAAGGCGGAGGCCACACCUAACGCCUGCCAGGGUCUGCGAAACGGCGUAUGCAACUGGCCCAAGGGCCGCGGCAUCGGCGGCACUAGCCUGAUCAACUUUAUGCUAUAUACGCGCGGUCAUCGACGGGACUACGAUGGCUGGGCUGCUGCAAACAACACGGGCUGGUCGUAUGAGGAGGUGCUGCCGUAUUUCAAGAAAUCCGAGCGCAUUGGCAUACCCGAUCUGUACAAGUCGCCGUAUCAUGGACGCAACGGGCCAUUGGAUGUGCAAUACACGGACUACCAGUCGCGGCAGCUGAAGGCGUUUCUCAAAUCGGGUCGCGAACUAGGCUACGAUAUAACCGAUACCAAUGGCGAGCAGCUGCUGGGCUUUUCCCGAGCCCAGGCCACCAUACGGCACGGCCGACGCUGCAGCACCAGCAAGGCCUUCAUACAGCCUGUGCUGCACCGCCGCAAUCUGCACAUUUCCAUGAAGAGCUGGGUCACCAAGCUGCUCAUUGAUCCCAGCACAAAGAUGGCUGUCGGCGUGGAGUUUACCAAGCAACGUCAGCGUUAUGUGGUGCGUGCCAGCAAGGAGGUCAUCCUGUCCGCUGGCGCCAUAGCCAGUCCGCAGCUCUUGAUGCUGUCCGGCGUGGGUCCGCGCGCGCAUCUCGAAGAGCACAACAUACCGGUGCUGCGGGAUCUAUCCGUCGGCUACAAUCUGCAGGACCAUAUUACGCUCAAUGGCUUGGUAUUUAUGGUUAAUGAUUCCACGGUCAACGAUGCCCGUCUUCUUAAUCCAACGGAUAUCUUUCGCUACAUCUUUGCGGGCCAGGGACCAUAUACCAUUCCCGGCGGUGCUGAGGCAUUUGCCUUUGUGCGCACGCCCAGCUCCAGUUUCGCUAAGGACUAUGCGGAUAUGGAGCUUGUCCUGGGCGCUGGCUCCCUGAGCGGUGAUCGUUUUGGCACUCUACGCGAUUUGCUAGGCAUUACGGAUGAGUUCUAUGAGAAAAUGUUUGGCGAUUUGCAGCACAAGGAAACGAUCGGUCUGGUUCCGGUGCUGCUGCGACCCAAGAGUAGUGGACGCAUCUCGCUGCGGAGUCGCAAUCCUUUUCACUGGCCACGCAUGGAGCCCAACUUUAUGCAACAUCCGGACGAUGUGCGCGCCAUGAUCGAGGGCAUUGAAAUGAUUCUGCAGCUGGCACGCACGAAGUCCAUGCAGAGGAUGGGCACACGCUUCCAUGCGCGUCACUUUCCAGGCUGUGAGCACUUGAUCUUUGCCAGCCACGACUAUUGGCGCUGUUGCUUGCGUCUCUACGGCUCUAGCUUGCAACAUCAAUCGGGCACCUGUAAGAUGGGGCCCUCCACGGAUGCUACGGCUGUAGUAGAUCCGGAGCUUAGAGUUCAUGGCAUUCGCCAUUUGCGUGUGGCAGAUGCAUCUAUUAUGCCGCAUGUGCCGGCUGGUCAUACGAAUGCAAUUGUCAUUAUGAUUGCGGAAAAAGCGGCGGAUAUGAUCAAGAAUGCGUGGCGGAUGCGAAUCACGCCACUUGAUGGUUAGGCAUUAGAGGUGGGCAUUAAUUUCUAUUUAAUUUAUAUUUAUUGUUUAGCUUAUGUACAAGUCAUUAGAUUAGGAGGUGCAAAGUUCUUGUGUGUGAUAGGUUGUUGUCAAUAUUUUCCAACACUGUGCUCAGUCAGCCAACUGAUGUGGCCAAAUGUUACCAAAAUUAGGCUUGCCCCAAAAAGUAUUUUACCAUUAACCUUAACCAAUUUAGAUUUAAAAUAUUUUUGGAAUAGUUAGCAAGUUAAUUUGCUCAAAUACUGCUAUUGCACAGAUCCAGGCGGAAUAUAAUUGAAUUUUCUAAAUUCGAAUAAAAAAAAGCCUUGGCUCAAGUAUUUUAUAAAAACGUUGUUAAAUUAUAUUUCCAUGUGAUUUAAAAAACGAUUUCGUCUUUAUUUUAGUUAAGUAUUUUUAUAGCUUAAGUACUUUGAAUAAACAAGCUUUACAUUAUUA